AUUCAAUAAAAACAAUGCAAGGCUAUCGUAAAUUUGUCACGUAAAGUCGAAUUUUAUCGCUAAAAUAGGUAUUGCUAAAAACUGCUUGUUUAUGAGUUACUUUCUAACAGAAAUUUAACGUGAAAUGAGAACAGCUAGAUAAAGGUUAAGUGUGUGUUAAGGGUGAUAUUUUGUGUGUAAACUCGCCUACUGCAAUGGUUAAAACCAGACGUAGUAACGGAGAAAACGGGGAGGUUGAGGAUGAAAAUUACUCUCCAAACGAAGCUGCCAGUGUAUCAGAUGAGAAGGCCUCUAAUUGGUCUCAGAGGGAAUUAAGAAGUAGUCAUAUUAAAGUUAAAAGGAAGAUACAACGUUGGCCAACGAAGUAUAACCGGAGUAGGCUCCGAGCGAUUAAGAUGCCUCGUCUCAUGUUUCCGGAGAGUGAUACCGAGCCAGAGAAAUACUCCAGAAGAUCACGUCAGGUCCGUGUAUUUUUUACCGAGGGCAAUGACACCCCAAAUAGGAGUAUGAAAAUAAGAAGAAAUGGUGGUGUGCGUAAAAAUUAUGGUGAAGAUAGUGAAGACAAACCGAUACAGCAAAACGUGCGUCGUAGUUGCCGUAAGCGGAAAUUAUUGCAUCACAACUUCAAUGAGAGCUGGAUCACAAAUGAAUUGAAAGUGAAAGGCUAUCCUGACCUCUAUGGGUUUCCUACUACAACCAGUUCGUCUGAUGAAUUCACUUCGGGUGAUGAGGCUAGGGCUAAUAAGAGGAAAUUGAAUCAGUCAAGAAGACCCAUCGCACCGCCAAUAACAGAUGAGGAUACACAGUUGUCUCGACAGAGGAGAACGUCUGGUAGAGGCAAAAAUAUUAAGGAUGCGUCUGGAUCUGAAUCAGAAAAUGACAAUAAUCAAACCGUUAUUGAGAAGAAACCGCCAGAGCCAGUUAAAACAGAAGAGAAGAUGGAUACUUCAGAAACUCGGGUUAAGGAAGAGGAGAAGGAGACGAAAGAGACUGAAAAGAAUGAGGAUAGUGAUAGCAAUCAACAAAAGCCAGUCCGCGGUGCUCGCGGUAAAGGAAGAAGACAGCAGAAGAAAGAUAGUCAGCAAGAGUCUGUAUCGGAAACUUCGUCAUCGGAGUCCGGUAGUGAGUUAGCGUUCCGGCCUCGACGUUCGAAGCGCACGCGCAAACCAAAACCAGCUUUCGUGCAAAUAACACCGCGACAAACACGCGGACGAGGUAACGCAUUUACAAUAAGAAAAAAACCGUAUUCGUUAAGAGAGAGAAAUCCGAAAUUGUUACGUAGGAAAACGAUACGAUCUCAGUCACCGUCGUCGAGUAGUAGCACGAGCAGCACCAGCUCUGAUGCGGAAGAACUCAACGUGUCCAUGAAGAAUAAGACUAAGGGGAGACAAAAGACAAAAUCCACAGAUGAUAAGAAAACUGACCGAGCUUUAAGAGAUAUCCAGCCCAUUGAAGUAGAUGGCAGCGUUCGGUUUUCUUCGGUCGGAGGCCUAGAAGAACACAUAAAAUGUCUCCGUGAAAUGGUCCUGUUCCCGCUCAUGUAUCCAGAUUUAUUUCAAAAGUUCAAAACGCGGCCGGCCAAAGGGAUUCUGUUCCAUGGACCGCCUGGAACAGGCAAAACUCUUUUAGCGAGAGCUCUGGCGAAUGAAUGCAGCCUUCUGGGGGGAAGAAAAGUCGCGUUUUUUAUGCGAAAAGGUGCUGAUUGUUUGAAAAAGUGGGUCGGCGAGAGUGAGAGGCAUUUGAAGCUGUUGUUUCAGCAGGCGAACAAGAUGAAGCCAUCGAUAAUAUUCUUCGACGAGAUUGACGCGUUGGCUCCCGUACGAAGUGUCAGACAGGAGCAAGUGCAUACAAGUGUUGUGGGGACUUUAUUGGCCGAAAUGGACGGAGUUUGUGAGAGAGGUGAGGUGGUAGUAAUAGGUGCAACUAACCGACUGGAUGCGGUUGAUCCAGCUUUACGACGCGCGGGUCGUUUCGACCGGGAGUUGCAUUUCCCACCGCCCCAUGCACCAGCUAGACGGGACAUAUUGGAGAUAUACACGAGGGAUUGGACCCCACGUCCCAACGAAGACACUUUGAACUACAUCGCAGAGGUCACUAAUGGAUAUGGAGGUUCAGAUUUGAAAGCGUUAUGUUCUGAAGCAGUCCUAAAGGCAUUGAGAAGAGUAUAUCCGCAGGUGUAUGAGAGCGAACACGCUCUGGUCAUUGAUCCCAAAAAUAUAGAAGUAACCCAAACAGACUUAGAAACAGCAAUGGACGGUCUAGUAGCGGCUGGCUCCAGAAGCUGUCCCGCAUCAGCUCGUCGUUUGCCCCAUUACUGUCGGCCGUUGUUCUCGGUGCAAGUACAAAAUGCGGCUAAUCUUCUGCCUCCUAUGGAUAACAACAGGUUAAAAGAGCUGCGAUCAUCGAACGUGUUGUUAAUAAGUGGAGAAUGUGCGGACACACACAUCGCUCCCGCGUUGCUUGCGGAGUUGGAAAAUCUCACAGUUAAAGAAUUAAGUCUGGCAACACUGCAUUCAGCACUUGCCUUUACGCAGGAACAAGCCCUUAUUUCCCUGUUCUCGGAAUGUCGUCGUGCUGACCGCGGCUGUGUUCUCUUCAUUCGGGGUAUUUUGGAAGUGUGGGAGGCCUUACGGGGUCCAGGGACUGCUCUGUUGGUGCAGAUGUGGAGGGCGAAGGCGGCUGGAGAUAACACGUUGUUGCUGGCCACAACUAGGCAUUGUGAUUUGCCUGAUGAGCUCCGUGAAAUAUUCCCCGACUACAAAGACUGUAUAUACAGAGUGCGAGAACCAAACGCUAAUGAAGUUAUCAACUUCUUUAAACCAAUUAUAACUGAGAUUCCCUUACAUCCGCCAGUCCUAGAAAAUAAUGAGCCGCCGCCUCCGUUGCCUCGAGCUCCCCCCCCUCCACCGCCCAGAGAGAGUAAAGAAGAGAUAUCUAGAAGGAAGAGAAAAGAGGAUUAUAAGUUGCGGGAGUUAAGGAUAUUUCUACGAGAUAUUUGCAGGAAACUAGCGUCGAAUAGGCGGUUUUAUAAGUUUACCAAACCUGUGGAUUUAGAAGAGGUGACAGAUUACUUGGAGAUAAUCAAACAGCCAAUGGACCUCGAGACAAUGAUGACCAAAGUCGACAUGCACAAAUACAACUGCGCCAAGGAGUUCCUUGACGAUGUUGACCUCAUAUGUGCCAAUGCUCUUGAGUAUAAUCCCGAUAAGGCUAGAGGGGUUUGUAGGACAUCGUCAGAUAAGCAGAUACGUCACGAGGCGUGUUCGUUGCGCGAUCACGCGCACGCGUUGAUUGACGUAGAAAUGGACAGCGAUUUUGAGUUGGAGUGCCAGGAAAUAGCCAGACGGAGGCAGGAGGAUGGCAAUAAUGAUACGGAUUUACCAGAUUUCAUAUAUACAGCUACUACUUUGCCCGGUUUCGAAUCAUCCCACAAUGACAGCAAAUCUAUGCGGACUCCGCAAAAUGGUGAAAAGAGCGAAUCGCAAAGUGCCAAGCGUAAGAGGAGACGAAUGAAUGCAUGGUCCAAGGGUUUGCUGGCGAAACGACCAAGGACCUCACAAAAGAAUUUCAAAGACAGUCCCACAGCGAUAACAGACGAGGAAUGCAAAGAGAACAAACCGAUCACUUCCACACCUCUACCAAAUGGAGACGCUUCCUCUUCGUGCUCUGAAGAUGACGUGCCUUUGCGAAGGCCUGCUGAUGACUCGUUGCAGUUGGCGCACACGGAUAACACUUUGAUCAGCACACCGAAGACAUCGGAAAAAAUAACGAAAUCAUCACCAAAGAAAAGAAAUUCCGGUCACGAUGCAUCUAGUGGAGAUGCUGAAAAACUACUGAUAAACAAGACUGAAUUAGAUAACAUUCUGUAUAAGAAUGCGAAAUCUCUCCGCGCUAUCGGCUUCGAGGCGCUCCUAGAUUUAUAUUCACAGCUCAAUCACACGAUACAAUUAUACAGCGAUAAAUAUGAUAGAACGAAACUGCCACACGAAUUACACAACGUUGUUACUAGGUAUAUCCAGUUAGCGAAGAAGUAGAUUUGUAUUGUACUGGUUGACUGCUUUACCGACCUGUCGGUAAAGCAGAUUUUUGUGGAAGGACCAAUCGAUAGAGUUAUUGAAUACGAACAAGGAGUGAUACAAUGUGUUUUUUAAUUCAUACAAAAGUAUUCAAUUGUUGCUGAGUCAUUAAAAUUAAAAGGUAUACAAAUACAGCUAACCGUUUCAAAGCAUUAAAGUAACUGGUCUGAUAAUUUUUUUUUUAAUACUCCAGGUUUUUGUGUUUUUUUUUUAAAUAUCUAAUCUAGUAGGCUAUGCAAAUUAACAGUUCCGGGCCGUAGUAUGUUUUAUAAUAGUGUUCGGGGAGUGUUAUAUUUUUUUUGACAACACUGUUUAUAUUCUAGUAACAUAUCAUCUACCUCAUGUCAUAAACAUACAUUUUCUGUACUCGAGUCAUAAAUAUAUUUGUGACACAAUUUUUAUUCAAAAAAAAGUAAAAGCAAUAACUCUAUUGGUUUUCCUUUUACAAUGAAGCUCUAGGAUAGGCUUGCUUCGAAUUUCGAAUUAUUUAUUUUCUUUGUUAUAAGAUUGCGUGAGUACAAAUGUGAAUUAAUGUUGAAGGUAGGUUUAAAUUUUUAUUCUUAAUUUCAAUUCCAAAUUUAAAUGCGUAAUUUAAUAAAUAAAAAAUUGCCAUUAAUUUAAUUUUGGUUUCAAUGUAUAAUAUGAGGGUACAGUAAAGUACCCUCAAUUUUUGGUUGGAUAUUUCUACAAUUUUGAGUACCCUCAAUACCUAAAAUAUAAAAGCCAUAUUACUUUAUAUGUUUAAUAAAUUGAAGGAAAAUAAGUUUUCGUUUUUUUAUAAGCUCCGUACCAAAUGCAAAAUUUGUAGUGACAUUCUCUAUGUUAAUAACAUUUUGGUAUAAUCAAAGGGUAAUUUCGUUCCAUGCGGUAGUAAACUAUGUGUGUGUUUCUAAUUAUUUUCUUUAAAAAAAAUGUUAAAUGGAGGGUAGAUUUAUCGCUAGCAACACUUUUGCUUACAAUAAUAUUCCUUACUUUAAGGUUUUGGUAGUAAAUAAGCCCGUUACCCGUGAUCAUCCCGUGUGGAAUUCUAUUUUCUAAAUAUUUAUCGCGCAAGGGUCUGCCUUCUGUCAAAAUGACAAUUAUCAAAAUGACAAUAGUUCAAUAUUUAUUCCUGUUGGUUGUUAUGUAGGUGAAACAAAUCCAAAGCCGUCCAAAGCAUUCAAAAUGUGUAUACUCUGAAAUGUUUUGACAGAAGGCAAAGUGUCAUAAACCUAUCCGACCGGGGUCGGAUUGGGGCACAUUACUUAUCGUCUAGUUGUAAUGUUACUUACCAUUUAUUUAAGAGAAUGCAUUAAGGUCCACUCGAUAACGAAUUUUUACGUUUUUAGUAAAUGUAUUGCAAACA